AUUCAUUCACGAAUUUUACCGGUUUUUUCGGUUUUAAUUUUUCGCGAGUACCUACACGGGAGUAAUGGAUAUAAAAGAGACCCUGCGGCACUCAAGGGUUAUCAGUACAACUUUUGCUUUCGUUCGUGUUUACUUACAUACAGUAGCAGUAUUAAAAUGGCGUUUAGAUUCGUAGCUUUUGCCGCCCUUCUUGCUUACGCCAACGCUGGAAACCUUCUCCACGCCGCCGCCCCCGCCUUGGCUUACUCCGCCGCCCCGGCAGCACCUUUGGCUUAUGCCGCCCCCGUAGCCAAAGCCGUAGUAGCCGCCCCAGCUGAAGAAUACGACCCCCAUCCCCAAUACAGCUACGGAUACAACGUCCAGGACGGUCUUACCGGGGACAGCAAGAGCCAAGUGGAAACCAGAGACGGAGACGUUGUCCAGGGCAGCUACUCCCUUGUUGAACCCGAUGGCACCAGGAGAACCGUAGACUACACUGCUGACCCACUCAACGGAUUCAACGCCGUAGUACACAAAGAGCCCGCUGCCGUAGCUGUCAAAGCCGUAGCUCACGCCCCAGUCGCCUACGCCGCCCCUGCCCCAGCUAUAGCUAGAGUAGCCGCCCCCGUAGCCUACGCCGCCCCUGCCCCAGCUAUUGCUAAAGUAGCCACCCCCGUAGCCUACGCCGCCCCUGCUCCAGCAAUCGCUAGAGUAGCCGCCCCAGUAGCCUAUGCCGCCCCCGCCUCUGUCGCCUACGGUAAAAUCGCUGCUCCGGCCGCCCACCUCGCUUACUCAGCACCAGCCGGCCAUCUGGCCUACUCAGCUCCAGCUUACGGUGCGCCCAUCUCUCGUGCCUACAGUUCAGCUUCCACGAUCGCUCAUGCCGCCCCAAUCGCUUACUCUGCCGCCCCGGCUGUCGCUAAGUUCGCUUACUCUUCCCCCGCCAUCUCUUACCACAGUAAAAAGAUAAGGAGAUAUCCUGAUGAAGGUGAUGGUGAUAUCAAUGAGAAAACAAUGGCUUUCAAAUUUGUAGCUUUCGCCAGCCUUUUGGCUUACGCCAAUGCCGGAAACUUGUUACAUGCUGCCGCCCCCGCUGUAGCUUACUCCGCUGGUCCAGCCGUAGCUUACUCAGCCGCACCGGCUGCACCUUUGGCUUACGCCGCCCCCGUAGCCAAAGCCGUAGUAGCCGCCCCAGCUGAAGAAUACGACCCCCACCCCCAAUACAGCUACGGAUACAACGUCCAGGACGGUCUUACCGGAGACAGCAAGAGCCAAGUGGAAACCAGAGACGGAGACGUUGUCCAGGGCAGCUACUCCCUUGUUGAACCCGAUGGCACCAGGAGAAUCGUAGACUACACCGCCGACCCACUCAACGGAUUCAACGCCGUAGUACACAAGGAACCUGCUGCCGUAGCUGUGAAAGCUGUAGCUCACGCCCCAGUUGCCUAUGCCGCCCCAGCUAUCGCUAAAGUAGCCGCCCCAGUAGCUUAUGCUCCAGCUGCUCGUCUCGCUUACUCGGCUCCAGCUUACGGUGCACCCAUCGCUCGUGCCUACGGUUCAGCUUCCACCAUCGCUCAUGCCGCCCCAAUCGCUUACUCUGCCGCCCCGGCUGUAGCUGCUAAAGUGGCUUACUCUUCUCCAGCCAUCUCUUACAACAUGGCUUUCAAAUUUGUAGCUUUCGCCACCCUUUUGGCGUACGCCAAUGCCGGAAAUCUCUUCCGUGCUGACGCCCCUGCUUUGGCUUACUCCGCUGGUCCAGCGGUAGCUUACUCAGCCGCCCCGGCAGCACCUUUGGCUUACGCCGCUCCUGUAGCCAAAGCCGUAGUAGCCGCCCCAGCUGAAGAAUACGACCCCCAUCCCCAAUACAGCUACGGAUACAACGUCCAGGACGGUCUUACCGGAGACAGCAAGAGCCAAGUGGAAACCAGAGACGGAGACGUUGUACAAGGAAGUUAUUCUCUGCUUGAGGCUGAUGGCACCAGGAGGACCGUAGACUACACCGCCGACCCACUGAACGGAUUCAACGCUGUCGUCCGCAAAGAACCCGCCGCAGUAGCUGUCAAAGCCGUAGCUGCCGCCCCAGCCAUCGCUAAAGUAGCCGCCCCAGUCGUAGCUGCCGCCCCUGCUAUCGCCAGAGUAGCCGCCCCAUUGGCUUACCCCGCACCAGCUAUCGCUAGAGUAGCCGCCCCAUUGGCUUACCCUGCUGCCGCCCCGGCUAUCGCUAGAGUAGCCUACUCCGCUCCCAGCUACUCUUAUGCCGCCCACGCCGCUCCUCUGGCUUACUCCGCCGCCCCAUUGGCCCACUACGCUCACUCAUCUCCUUUGGCUUACGCUGCCGCCCCAGCUUUCGCCAAGGCUUACCACUACUAAUUUCGGUCUGAAUAUGUUUUCUAUUUAUUGAUGUAUGUAAAUAUGUAUAAAUAAACGCCAGUGAAAAUUUGGAUUAAAAAAA